AUGUCUAAUAAGGUUAAUUUCCCAUCGAUUUUUGUAAGAAGACUUUUUUCUGCAACAAUAUUCCAAAUUUUAUUAGAUGCAAAAGAUAGACAUUUUCUUAGUAUUGGCAUUUCAUUGAAUGGCGGAAUCAAAACUAAUUUGAAUAACUUAUCUGAGGUGAUCAUUUCUUUGUUAAAUUCUGUUUCUUGGUGUUUAACCGAUCAAUACGUUAAAAGAGAUAGUUCGAGACGUUUUAUCUGUCCAUAUAUUAAAAGAGAUGGUUCGAUUUGCAGAAAAAGUUGCUGGCAACCUGAAGGGUGUUCGUUGCACUGGAGAUUAUAUGAAAAAAAUGUGGCAAAAAAUUUAGCAAAAAUUCCUUGUGGUAUCUGCGGAAAAGGAAACAAUUCCGGGACAGGAUACUGUCCUAAGCAUGCGAAGAGGGUUUAUUUUCGAAAUUGGUAUGAGAGACAAAAGGCGCAGAGGAUAGAAGCUGAUGCGUAA